AUGAGCCUGUUGUUGCGUUUAUGUGUAAGAUUAAAGGAACUGCGGCAGGGAUUCCACGCGGCUGUUUUCCAUGCAAAAAUAAACGCUCCAACACGUUUAUUUAUUUAUAUUUUUUUUCCCUCCCCUCCCCUCCCCUCCCCCCUGUUUAUGUCACGCACGCAUUUCACUCCCAAUGUUAUUAUUAUUAUUGUUAUUGUUGAUGUUGCUGCCAUUUUCAGUGUUCCGCAUCGCUGUGCCCUUCUGUGUUGUUGA